AUGUCAUUUAACUCACCAUUCUGGAAUUUUUUCGACUCAAUCAAUGAUGAAGUUGAUCAAUUCAAUAGAUUAUUAGCAUCAAAUGGAUUUAAUGAUCGUGUUAAAGUUUCACCAUCAACAAAAGCUGUUAAACAAUCAGGAGAAUCUAAUGAUCAAUCACAAGUUUCACAAAACCAACGUGAAUCAGAUGCUAAUAGAUCAUUAAUUUUCCCAAGUUUAUUCAAUUCACCAAGUUUUUUCUCUCAAGGUUUUGAUAUUGUUCCACCAGUUGAUAUUUUAGAUAAUGAGUCAAAUUAUGAAUUACAUGUUUCAAUUCCAGGUGCUUCCAAAGACAAGAUUAACUUAGAUUUUAAUCCAGAAAAUAAUCAAAUUACAAUUACUGGUGAAAUUCCUGGUCAUUCAGAUGAUUCAAAUUUAAAAAUUAAAGAACGUAAAUUAGGUAAAUUUGAACGUCAUAUAAAAUUACCACAAUCACCAAAAUUAGAUGAAGAAAACAUUAAAGCUAAUUAUUCAAAUGGUGUUUUAGUUUUAAAGAUUCCAAAAUUAUCAAAUGAAAAGGGUAAUUCACGUCGUAUUGAAAUUAGUUCAAGUGAAUCAUGGAAUGAUGAAACUGAAACUACAAAUGUUACAAAAGAAAUUGAAAAUAAGGAAUGA